GGGGGUGCCGAGCCCCCUCUCGCUGCCCACGCCGGCGCUGCCAAGGCCGCCCGCGGCGGAGCAGAUGGCAGCGGGGUGGAAAAGCGGCCGGGAGCCAGGAAUAGGCAGCGCAGGCAGCAGCAGGCAGCGGGACGCCGGGAACAAGCCCGGUCGGGUGCGGGGGCCCCGGCCGCUCCCCCGGGUGCCGCGGGGCCCCGGCGCGACGCCAGCGGGCGUUUCGGGGUUUGCUCAACACCGGGUGGGGAAAGAAAAACAAGGGGAGAGCCGAGGGAGUUGCUGGGAGAGGGGAGGGUUGGACGCGGGCACUGGAAAAGCUGGAUCCGCCUUUGCCCCGGCCCGUGCCUCAGUUUCCCUGCGCCCCCAGGAAGGCGCGCUGGGGGUGGGCGAUGCCCGCGGAGGGGGGACGCGGAGUCACGUCCCCGGCACGGGAACGGGGGGCUGGGGGUGAGGCGCCCCCCGCCCUUCAGGCCGGCUUGGUGCGGGGGCAGCCGUGGCACCGCGGGGCUGCCAGCGUGCCACCGCCCCCCCCGUGUGCCCGCGGCCACCCACGCCGGGCUCAGCCGCGCGUGUCCCCGUCACUCGGCACCCACGGCCACCCACGGCCACCCACGGCCACGUGUGCCCCCCAUCUGCGCAGACCCCCUGCGCCCCAAAGCCGCUGCCACCCCCCGCCAAAGCCCUUGGGCACGGCGGAAGGUCACCGCUCUGGGGACAAGGUGCCACCUCGCUGCCCCGUGCCCGUGCCCGGCGGUGGCGCAGGAAUUCUGCGCCGGGAUUGUGCCAGCCGGAUCGUGUCACCGUGUCCCCAGCGCCUCGUGUCCCCUAAGAGCCCUCAGCGCCGCCGUGCCCGCCGCGUCCCCUGCCCUCCGAGCAUCCCCCGGCCGUGCCACCGGCGCGUCGCCCCAGCUCCGCCGGGGUUCGGCGGCCGCUCCGGGGUCGCCGUGCCGGUGA